AGAAGCUGCUUAAUGCGCACAAGAAAGUAGUCCCUGCUGGAAUAAAACGCGGGCGCUCCGGCAGGGAGGGUGGCGCCUUGGUCCCCUGCAAAGUUCACCCAGUAGGACGAUCCCUGCAGACUCCAAUCCAAACAUGUCCAAGCCGAAGGACGCUGUCCCUACCAUCAUGCAGACCCAGCAGCUCCCCGCCGCCAUGGCCGACACGUUAAUCGAGCACAUGUGCCUGCUGGACAUCAACUCCGAGCCGGCCACGUCUCGCAACACCGGCAUCAUCUGCACAAUCGGACCGGCCUCCAGAUCCGUGGAGAUGGCCAAAGAAAUGAUCAAAGCUGGGAUGAACGUUGCACGAAUGAACUUCUCUCAUGGCACACAUGAAUACCAUGCAGAGACCAUCAAGAAUAUCCGCGAGGCGACCGAGAGCUUUGGGCCCGGAUCUAUUGAAUACAGGCCGGUGGCCAUCGCUCUGGACACCAAGGGACCAGAAAUCAGGACCGGCCUCAUCAAAGGCAGCGGCACUGCUGAGGUGGAGCUCAAAAAGGGAGAAACCAUCAAGGUCACCACAAACGAUCAGCACAAGGACAACUGCGAUGAGAAAACUCUGUGGCUCGACUACAAAAACAUCAUCAAGGUGGUGGAGAUCGGCAGCCACGUCUACAUAGACGACGGUCUGAUUUCACUCGUGGUUAAAGAAAUGGGAAACGACUACCUGAUGUGUGACAUUGAGAACGGCGGCAUGCUGGGCAGCAAGAAGGGCGUCAACCUGCCGGGCGCGGCCGUCGACCUGCCGGCUCUGUCCGAGAAGGACAUCCAGGACCUGCAGUUCGGCCUGGAGCAGAACAUCGACAUGGUCUUCGCCUCUUUCAUCCGCAAGGCGGCCGACGUUCACGCCGUGAGGAAGGUCCUGGGGGAGAAGGGCAAGGACAUCAAGAUCAUCAGCAAGCUGGAGAACCAGGAGGGCGUGUGCCGGUUUGACGAGAUCCUGGAGGCCAGCGACGGCAUCAUGGUUGCCCGCGGCGACAUGGGCAUCGAGAUCCCAACAGAGAAGGUGUUCGUCGCGCAGAAGAUGAUGACAGGCCGAUGCAACCGGGUCGGCAAGCCCAUCAUCUGCGCCACGCAGAUGCUGGAGAGCAUGACCAAGAAGCCGCGCCCGACCCGCGCCGAGGCCACCGACGUGGCCAACGCCGUGCUGGACGGCAGCGACUGCAUCAUGCUGAGCGGAGAGACGGCCAAGGGAGACUAUCCUCUGGAGGCGGUGCGCACCCAGCACAUGAUCGCCCGCGAAGCCGAGGCCGCCAUGUUCCACAGGCAGACGUUCGAGGAGCUGCGACGCAUCUCUCACCUGACCCGCGACCCCACGGAGUCCGUCGCCAUCGGCGCCGUGGAGGCUUCCUUCAAGUGCUGCGCCAGCGCCAUCAUUGUGCUCACCAACACGGGCAGGUCGGCCUACCUGCUGUCCAGGUACCGGCCCCGCGCCCCCAUCAUAUCCGUGACCCGCUGCGGGAUGACGGCCCGCCAGGCCCACCUGUACCGCGGCGUCUACCCGGUGCUCUACACCAAACCCGCCAGCGACGUCUGGGCCGAGGACGUCGACCUGCGUGUGAACUUUGCCCUGGAAGUUGGUAAAUACCAUAAUUUCUUCAAGUCAGGUGACGUGGCCAUUAUUGUGACCGGCUGGCGCCCCGGUUCUGGCUACACCAACACCAUGAGGGUGGUGCUGGUGCCGUGAGCUGGACGAACCUUUCCCUCACCUUUGACCUUCCUUCCCUCCGUCUUGGACCGGAUUACCAGAAGCAGAUUCUCAAUAACGCCAUGAUUCCUUCCUCCAAUUUAUUGUCUAAAUCCUGUUUUGUUCUCUUCACAUGUUAUAUGUGGAACUUUAAGUUGAUAAAAUAUUUUAAAUUAAUUGGCAUGAUAAAUAAAAAGGAACUGUUGGAUAAGA